AAAGCCCCUGCCCACCGGAUCCACUGCGAUCGGUGUCCCUGGUGCAUUCCUCUGGGCAGAAGCCUUUCCCCCCAACGACUUCAGCUGGGGCAGACCGUCCGGACACCGCCACCCGGGGACAGUUUCCUGUUUGUGAAACGGCGGGGAGGCCGGAGCUGGCCGGUCUGACCCAGGGCUGGCCGGCGGACGUGACAACAGGCCCUCCCCCUGCCACACCUCCCUGGCGGUGGGGGAGGAUUGCAUUGGGGUUUGGCUGGACGUGACUGGUCCCCUCACCCGCUCCGCGCCUGGGUGUGCUGGGUUGCCCCUCGCUGGAGAUGAAGGAUUUGGGGGCAGAGUACUUGGCCGGUCGUGAAGGGGUCCAGCUCUUUGGAUUGUUGAACCUCUACUUAGAACAGGAACAGAGAUUCCAACCUCGAGAAAAAGGACUGAACUUGAUCGAGGCCACCCCAGAGAAUGAUAACACUUUGUGUCCAAGAUUGAGAAAUGCCAAAGUAGAAGAUUUAAGGAGUUUAACCAACUUUUUUGGAUCUUGCACUGAAACUUUUGUCCUGGCUGUCAAUAUUUUGGACAGAUUCUUGGCUCUUAUGAAGGUGAAACCUAAACAUUUGUCUUGCAUUGGAGUCUGUUGUUUUCUGCUGGCUGCUAGAAUAGUUGAAGAAGAAUGCAAUGUCCCAUCCACUCAUGAUGUAAUCCGGAUUAGUCAGUGUAAAUGUACUGCUUCUGACAUAAAACGGAUGGAAAAAAUAAUUUCGGAAAAAUUGCACUAUGAAAUGGAAGCUACUACUGCCUUACACUUUUUGCACUUAUACCAUACUAUAGUACUUUGUCAUACUUCAGAAAGGAAAGAAAUACUGAGUCUUGACAAACUGGAAGCUCAGCUGAAAGCUUGCAGCUGCCGACUUACCUUUUCAAAAGCAAAACCAUCUAUAUUAGCUUUGUGCCUUCUCAAUUUGGAAGUAGAAUCUUUGAAAUCCAUUGAAUUAUUGGAAAUUCUCUUGCUUGUUAAAAAACAUUCCAAGGUUAAUGACUCUGAGUUCAUUUACUGGAGGGAGUUAGUUUCUAAAUGCCUAGCCGAAUAUUCUUCUCCUGAAUGUUGCAAACCAGAUCUUAAGAAGUUGGUUUGGAUAGUCUCAAGGCGCACAGCCCAGAACCUCCACAAUAGCUACUACAGUGUUCCUGAGCUGCCGACCAUCCCGGAGGGGGGUUGUUUUGAUGAAAGUGAAAGUGAGGACUCCUGUGAAGAUAUGAGUUGUGGGGAGGAGAGCCUCGGCGGCUCCCCUCAACGGGAGCAGGAGUGCGCUUUCUUCUUCAGCCUCGAAGUGGCUCAGACUCUGGGCUUUCCGUCUUAGAGAUCUAACCAUUCUGGGUCCGAAUUUAAAGUGUGUGUACCAGUUUCAAAGCAAUAAAUGGGGUAGUCAGUGGUUUCCUGGUCCAGCUCCCAUCUAGGCAGGAAUUGCAUAGCCUGGAAUACCUACCUUCUAUUUAUUACUCAGAUCGGAUCUGGCCUAUUUUCAUAUUUAAUCCUAAGCCAUCAAAUGGGUUAGUGCCUCUUAAACAGUUAACAGUACUUUAGACAUUGGCACUUUAUUUUUCUCAUUGAUCUUUAGCUACUUGGGGGAGGAGGGAAGGUGCUGAUACCUUCCACUUACUACUUUUUGAGAAGAUUUUUAAAGAUGAAUAGUGUAGUUAAACUUUUUAUAAAGCCUUCAGGUGUCUUUAUGUAAACAGACGGGGAGUGUGCAGGUGCUUCCUUAGCAGGGACAAUGGGUAAUCCUUUACUGGUUUAUCUUAGAUCUCCCCCUCCCCCCACUCUCAGAACAGAGAAUAUACUCUUAAAAUGUCAAACACCUUUUUGGUGAUUUUUUUGUUUUUUAAGUGAUCAAUGUACUCUCUGACACAGACUUUAUAAACUUAGGAAUUACAAUAUUGACAUUUUUGUGACUUUUAGUAUGUAAUGUCUUAACUUUGAGGUUUCUGCCAAAGCGGAAAUAAGCAACAUACUAAUAAGGUUGUUAGACAGUUGCAUUCCUAAUGCCUAAGUGUUGUCAGACUACAGUAUUAUUUUAAUGUUUUAAAAACAGUCCAUGAUCUGCUGGUUUUGCAUGUACCUGUAUGAGAGCAGUGCAGGAGGCUGAACAGAAUUAGGUAACUAUGAAAUUGAUAAAUGUUGGUCUGGUAGCACAUUUUAUCUCAUUUUCUUAUAUUAAAAAGGUCUGCAUGAUUACAGUUUAUUUCCUUUGUCAUUCACAUUUCAGAAAUAAUGGUAUUAGUAUAUGGGUGCCAAGACUGAAUAUGAAGUGUAAAAAAAAACUUAAGUGUUUGUAGUGUUAUAGUUUUAAGCAUAUCUGUGUGGUGGUACAGCCAUAAGAAUAGGGAUUUAUAAACUCUGUGCACAUGAGAUUUUGUACAGAGAAUUUUUUUUAACUUUAUAAACUGUAUAUGAAAAUGUAAAUCUUUAAAAAUGUACAUAAAAAUACUGUUAUUUUUUUACCGUGUGUGAUAGUCUAGUCAUUGCAUGUAAAUAUAAUUUAUUGUGUAUUCUGUAUUAUAAAUCGUAGUGAUGACUUACUUUUUCUCUGGUAAGUCAACAGUCAUUGGAUGUUUUCUGAAGUGGAUCUUUUUGAGAUAAUAAUAGAUACAGCUCAAAAUAAAAAUAUUAAUGAAUUGUA